AUGGAAUUUCAAACCAUUUUUCUCUAUCUCUUACUCUUCAUCCUCUCUAUACAUUUCGUGUUUGCAACUCUGAAGCAACGGCUGAGUCCGGCAAAUACACGGCGGCUAAUCCGUCUCCUCCACAUUCCGAUCAAAUCUCCCAUAGCCACCGCCGUUUUCUCCAGACAAGACGUCCGAGAGUUUCUCAGUUCAUCAAUCCAAAGAGAAAACAAUGAAGUCGGUUCCGGUUUCGAGUUCAAUCCAUACAUGAUAAGCAAAGCAGAGUCGAUAAACAGAGCACUCGACGAAGCCAUUCCACUCAUCGAGCCUCUCAAGAUCCACGAGGCAAUGCGUUACGCGGUUCUAGCCGGCGGCAAACGCGUCAGGCCAAUACUCUGCCUCGCGGCCUGCGAGCUAGUCGGCGGGGAAGAGCGUUUGGCGGUUCCGGCGGCUUGUGCGGUUGAGAUGAUUCACACAAUGUCGCUCAUCAAAGACGAUCUCCCUUGCAUGGACAACGACGAUCUCCGACGAGGCAAACCCACCACACACAAAGUCUUCGGAGAAAGCGUCGCCAUUCUCUCCGGCGGCGCGCUCUUGGCUCUGGCUUUCGAGCAUUUGACGGAAGCUGACGUGUCGUCUGAGAGAAUGGUUCGAGCCGUUAGGGAGCUUGCAAGGUCUGUUGGAACGAAAGGACUCGUGGCGGGACAAGCUAUGGACUUGAGCAGCGAAGGGUUGGGUCAGAACGACGUCGGAUUAAAGCAACUCGAGUUUAUACACGUUCAUAAGACGGCUUCGCUGCUUGAAGCAUCGGCGGUUAUCGGAGCGAUCAUCGGAGGUGGAUCGGAGGAAGAGAUUGAGAAAGUUAGAAACUUUGCGAGGUGUAUUGGGUUGUUGUUUCAGGUGGUUGACGAUAUUUUAGACGAGACGAAGUCGUCGGAGGAACUGGGGAAAACCGCCGGGAAAGAUCAGAUCGCCGGAAAGCUGACGUAUCCGAAAGUGAUGGGUGUUGAGAAAUCGAAGGAGUUUGUUAUAAAACUGAAGAGAGAUGCGAAAGAACAUCUUAAAGGGUUUGAUUCGGACAAAGUGAAACCUUUGAUAGCUCUUGCUGAGUUCAUUGCCAACAGAAAUAACUGA